CGCGCCGUUCGUUCUAGACGUGGUUUUGUGAACGAUCGUCGGAUUUUCACUUUUCAUUUUUAUUCAGGUGUUGGGAGAAUUUUGCCGGCAUUCGAAAAUCAUCACGCAAAGGUGUGCGUACGCGUGAUUCGUACAGUGUGAAAAUCCACCGUAACGGUGCCAGAUCUCUGUCAUUAUUUAUUUCUGGCAAACCUGGUCAGAAGCUAAGUAGCUGGCCUGCCAGGGUCGGGAUCCGUCUGAUCUCCAGACAUAUGUGAGUGAUUUACGAGAGAGGGUCGAUUCAAGCCGGGACCGUGUGAAAAGGUAUAUAUUUCCUUCAAUCAGUGUUGUAAGGGAGCGCACAAAUCCCUCCGCGGAAAAGCAAGAAACUGUUCUCACGUGCGUUCAAGUUGUCCUACAACGUGGCGAAAGAUUUAGAAACGCCCCUUGGCGCGCAGUGUUUGCCUCGAAACGCGUCAUCUGUACCGAAGCUGCCAGGAGCCAACGGAGAAAGAAAGCGCGCAGUGGGUGUCGACUUCUUGUGGGAGGGUUGGCAAAGGUAAAUUUCGCCUCUUUCGCGGUACCAGCGGUGUCCAAAUAUUGUGAAAAGUGAAAUAUUUUGCAAUCGAAUUAAUUUUUUUGAAAAUAACACUUGCCAAGGCGUGGAAAGGUGCUGGAACAGAAACUGAGUUCUCUCAUGCUGCGAAAGAUACGUGAAGUGUAAUAAUUAGUGGAAUGAAAUAGCAGUUGAGCAGUCAACGCAGUUCAUAGCACCGUAUGAGUUGUUCGAAACAAUUUCAACAGUUUAUUUUUGUACUGAUGACGGCAAUUUAAGGUGUACCAUUUUGAAAAAUCUGUUUGAAAGCCGAGAACAAAUAUUAUACCGUGAAUAAAUUAACAAGAGUGAAAAAAAAGUGUUACACAUCUGCAAAUUGCUACUCAAUACAUCUACAGAGAAACGAAAGAAAGAUUACGCCGCCACCAGAAUGAAGAUGUCAAAACUAUCCAAUCAAACCAACUCGCAAGAUCCGCAGGCCGUCAACUCGCGAGUGUUUGUCGGCAAUCUGAACACAUUUCAGUGCUCGAAAACGGAUGUCGAGCGAAUGUUUCAGCGCUAUGGAAGGCUGGCAGGUAUCUCCAUGCACAAAGGUUACGCAUUCGUCCAGUUCACGAACCCCUUCGACGCACGAAAUGCUUGUCAUGGAGAGGACGGUCGCACCGUGCUGAGCCAAACACUGGACGUCAACAUGGUCGCCGAACCGAAGCCACAUCAAACUGGCAGGAAACGACAGAACAAAUCAAAAACCGGAAACGAUUGGGAUUACUACUACGAUAGUUAUUACGCGUCGACACUUUUCGGACCGAUUCAGCAGCAGCCAAACUCACCGCCGCGGCCGUUGAAACGACAGCGAUUGAUGGGCCCAGGCCGGCUGGCACUGACAGGAAAGCUGAAUGGAGCUGGUCUAAUGGGAGGGCCCCAGGUGCCGCCCCAGCAGCAGGUACAGCACCCAUCCCAGCAGCAGCUCCAGCUGGCAGCGGUGGCGGCAGCAACAAGUCCUUCGGCAGCAGCGGCACUUGGCAGCUACUACGGAAUCGGAAAUGGCGUACAGACUGCGAACGGAUACAUCAACAAUAACAGCUACAUGCUAAACGGAGAUGUCAACGGAACCAUGUCCAGUUACACCAACGGACAGCACGUGGUUGGACCGUUUAAAGUUUAUAGUAAUCCAGACACACUGAUCUGUGGCAAUUGUCGGGAAAUGUUCACGGAUUUGACGGAGCUGUUGGACCACAAGAAAACUUACUGCAAGUUGCGAUUCACCUGCAAGUGUGUAUCACCUGCCACCACAAGAAACAAAACCAUCCCUCCGUCAGCCAAACUGCUGUGUGUGGCCUGCAAGGAUUCGUUCUCCAACCCGUGGGACCUAAUGGUUCAUGCCCAGGCGGCUCAUAUGGUGAACAUUUACGAGCUGGGUGAUUCUUCGGAUGAAGAUAAAUCCUCCACGGUGAGCGUCAGUUCGGACUCCCUCAGUCUAGCGCUCCCACCCGGUGACGGUUCCUGCAAGCGGUUGUCCAACGGCAGCACCGACAGCAUAGAAAUUUCUAACGACACUCAUCACGUGGAACUGGAUCAACAUGAUAAGGACAAAUCUUCCGAGCAGAACGAGGAAACGAACAUUGGCUGCAGUACCAACGGACGCCACGGUUUGCAAGGUGCAUCGUCCAGCCCAGAAGACAUCCACCCGCAGAACGGUGACUCCAAAGUCAACGGCUAUUUGACCGCAGUGAGCUGCAACGGUGCCGGCAGUACGGUGACACUGUCCCCGAUGCCAGCGACCAGUGGAACAGGGGAGUCACAGCCAGCCCGUGCCUGCAUCAUGACAGCCCUCAGCAUAGAUACCAAGUCGAACCCGGAAGCUACCGUCGCACUGAAGAUGGUAACAUCCACUCUGGGCAUUCAACUGGCAAAUGGAAACACGAUGACAGUGGCAACGCCGUAAGUUUAUCUACCAUCGCAGUCUUGCGGUUAUGCUCUCACGCAUUAGUCAAAAGGAUGAAAUGAUUCGCUUUCGCUUUACUGAGUCAAAAACAAAAACUGCUCGUGACGAAGGCAGCAUUUCAACCCGAUAGGAGCUUCAAAUUUUUAUAGUUACAAUCGAAAGUUACGUAUUGUCUCCUAGUCAUAUGUUUCUGUUUAUCCUGUAUGUAUAUUCCUAGCUUAUAAGUUGGAAGUGGAAUAAUUGUACAAGAUUGAAGAUAAAAAAACAACACAUCAACCGUUCUUCUAAAGAGUAACAAAAAGUAUUUACUGCUGCACCGCACCGAGAGCGACGAAACGCGGUUCAAGUUUGCUCUUCCGGUGAUCUUGCAAAGGUAUUUCAAAAAUUUUCGAAACAAUUAAGAGCUUAACAGUCGAUUUUGUUACAUGUAGUGCAUUUGUGGAAAAAAGCGUUGAAAUGUUUUGUUAGUUUUGUGACGAUAGGCGAAAAAAAUCUAAGAGGCCGUUUUAUUGAAAGUUAUGUAGUUAGGAAAUAAUUAAUAAUCCAAGAAAAAUUUCUGUUGUUAGAUAAACGACCAAAAUUAAGUCAAGUAUUUGAAACAAAACCACAAUGAGAAAAUAAAAACAAUGUACAUAUCAGAACAGCACAAGCACACAGAACACUAAACAGAAAAGAAUUAAAACGCAUAUAUCCUACGAUAUAAGUUUAUUUCAAACUGCUGAGAAAGGAAAUCGUGUAAAUAGUCAUCGUAAUCCAAUCACGUGACAGUGGGGUUUAUCCCGAAUAUAAUCAAAAUCGAAUUGAAUGUCUAUCUAGUAGUCUGCAAGUUGCGUUUCACUUUAUAGGGCUUCUAACCACCACAACCACUACAUACAUACAUAUGUCUACCAAUAUGUUAUAUGCGACGGACGUUUUGACAGCCGACAAUGAAUAUCAAUUUCCAGUUUACCAGCUCAGCAUUGUGGAAAGGCGCUCGUGAGUCGAUCCGUUUCUAAACCGCGCGCUAAUUGAUUUUGAUUACUGAUAUUCAACCUGACGUACGAAGGCGAAUACACGCACUUACUUCAAUGCAACUGUAGAUUGUUCAAUUAGGACUCCGUGACAGGUGUCAUUGUGCUGGACAACCAACAAUAUCAGUUAGGGAACAUCCAUAAAUGACGUAGCUUUUUUAAGUUUUUUUUGACCCCCUCCUCCCCCAUCGUAGCAUUUCGUCACAAAGUCAGGACCCCCUCUAGAUAAUUACGUAGCUUAUAGCUACCCCUCCCCCCACACAUAAUUUUUUUUUUUUGCAAAUUUUAUUAUCCAAAACAUACCUUGAUUUAUUAAUGAACAAGAAAAGACAAGAAAUGAAUAAAAAUGACCCUAAGCAGACAAAACAGUGAUAAAAAAGAACAAUUAGAUAAAAUCCAAUUUUUUUUCCUAGUUUCAUGUUUGCCACGUACCUUGGCUUGAACCCCCACCCUCCCCCUCGUCACAUUUCGUCACAAAACUGCAACCCCCCCUCCCUCCUCAAAUGCUACGUCAUUUAUGAAUGUUCCCUUAUGUAUGUAGUGCUUUCUUAUGCUUUAGAAUCUUACCUUUCUACCGCACUAUUAGCACUUCUAGUGGUAAUUUAUUAUUUCAUCCGAGCUGCAAUUCAAUGAAAAAUUGAUUACCUUCAACACGAUCUAGACUGGUUGUCACUCAACCACCUGCUCGCUAAUUGAAAGGGAAAAGUCAAACUAACCAAAUUAGAGUUUCAUUAAUUUUGAUGAGUUUCGUACGUUGGAAUUGACUUUUCUGGCACCUGACUGGACGGUCGGUGCAGCGCUCGAGAGCCACUGUCCGGCUGAAGUUGUUCAACUCGAUAAUGGGUACCUAGUUUGUUUUGUCAACCGAUAGAACUAAAGUCGAGGGGAAGUUGGCUGAUUUGAUGAUAAAAUCUACAUAUUUAUUGUGUUAAUAUAUAUUAUUAUGUUUACCCGGUUCAGCCCGAAUAGUUUACGACACCGUGGGUGUGAACCAGAGCGGUACCCAAUUAUCCUUCGACACCGAGGCAAAAUAACUGCGAGUACUUUUUACAGUAGGUACCUCCGGAACUACACAAAUAGGUAAUAAACUAGUUUCCGCUGAUAAUGAAGUUUAAUACAGAUUGAGAGGGUUUUUACACUUAGUUGUUGUAUGAGAGGGUUUCCGUCAGCAAAUUUUACAAUGCAACCGUUGCUCUCGAGCUUGGAAGGAAGGAACCACAAAUUAUGUUCAAUUAUAUUUAAUUUUUUCCUAUUUUCACUAUAUUGGCAGAAAGGUUUCAAUCAGACUUAGAAUGCCUCAUAAGACAUAGAAAGACGGAUGGCAGCUGCUUCUAGAAGUUUCAAUUACUUUUAUAGUAUUCAAAACAAUUUAUGUGUAGAUUUUCAACCUUCAAAAACAGUUGGAUUAAACUAUUUAAAGCUAGAGCGAAUAUCUGUAACCACCAUUACGUUAUCUUUUGCAUACUCGUAUAAAGAGUCACCGCCAUCACCAACCAUCAUUCCCAUCAAGCAUAUUAAAAGAUUUGCCCAUCUGUAAAGCUGUAAUCUGUAAAUUACCCCUUUAGUAUCCAUUAUCUAUACAUUGCAUAUUAGCUUAUUCAAUUCAUAAACAGAGGAUAAACUUAAAUAUCGAAAUCUGAAAAGGACAGUCGGGUUUGCUUUUCACCACCCAUCGGUGCAAAUAUCACCCGGUUUUCGAAAGACCGCUAGCACCUGCACAGGUUCACACAGUCCCGUAAGGCCACAGACACUUUCGUCUGUGACUCCGUACGUUUCGAGCACGCUACAAGCUACAUAGUCUCCCCGAUUUUUUUACUAAAUAUAUUAUAGCACACACACACGCAUACCGAUUGUAUCCACAACCUAACCCAAUCUGUCGGCAAACAUGUCAGAGAGAAAUGAAUUAAUUAUCUGCCCCACUACCGAAACUAUUAUUAUUCCUAGCACUGAAUUAAUUGAAAUGUGUAAUUUUAUUCUUUUUAUCGCGCGUUCGUUACUAGAAGAGUGCUGAAAGCGGAGUGUGUGUUGCUUAACCACUGACCGGUGCAAUCGGGGCCCUCUGGUAGUCCGCCGGUAGCAUCGACUUACCGUACACUGACAUACGUAGCUGAUUUUAAACGGCCAGGAAAUGUGUAAAAAGUGCUUUCCUCAGAAUAAGCGUACAUACAAGUAUAUUGUGUAUCCAAACAAAACUACUUAUGAUGAACUAACGUCAAACGGGACAGAUUGCAGGAGUAAAUUGACGAAGUAAAUGUAGUUAAUAGUUAAUUUAUAUACAUAAAAAUAUCCUUGAAAAAUAUACAAUGUAACAAAUAAAGUAAAUAAAUAGUAGAUAUAUUA